GAGCAGCUCCUUUCAACUUGAAUGAGGAAAGACAGAAAUCUCCAAAACAGUAGGUCAGGAUUCCAACCAAAGAACAUUUUUCAAAUCAGCAGUAAAAUUUGACAACAAUGGUCUCAUAAAUUGAACUUCUUUAGCUCAGAACACGGUAAUAAAAAGCGCAUGCGUGUUCUCGAGUUGGUCCAUCUCUGCUUAACUGUCUCUGCUUUCACAACAUUACCUCGUUACCGUGAAUGAAAACAAUAAAUAAAUAAAAAUUUUUAGUCAUACUCUUUAUAAAAUAAGUGUAAUAGAUGCGGGAUAUUUAAUAUGCAUAUUAUUUUAUUAGUAAUUAUUAAAAAUGAGACUCUUAUUUUGACGUAUAUGAGAAACACACGUUUACACUUCCGGAACUCGCUUCCUGCUUUUCAGUUUAAACUUCAAAUUUUAUCCGCGCGACGCGAAAAUGGUCAUUUAAAUUAUUACUGACGGAUAUAAACGCGAAUAUUGAAAUAUAACAGGUUAUAUACUUAUAUAAACGCGAUUAUGUUUGAUAUAAAUGAUUAUGUGGUGACAAAGGCAAAUAUUAUGAUAUAACUGUGCUUGUUUACAAUUUUGACAGUAUAGAUAAUGUUAAUAUUAAAGUGAGUUUUGUGGUUUUUAUCUAAUCUAGUUUCUUCUGAUGCUUUAAUUUAUUAUAAGAAUACAUUUCUGGCCUAUUUUGUCUUUUUCUGUUUGUUAUGAUCUUCAUUUAAAGUUGUGAGAUAUCAUCUACGUCACUGAAAAAGGUGUGGCCUAUAGUUUGAGGUUUAUAAACAGUGGAGCAGCUGUAAACUUUAUUAAGUGUCAUAUGGCUUCUCUGGUGGAUUAUGAGGAUUCUGACAGUGAUGAAACUCCGGUUCUGUCUGCGCCUCCUCGGCCUCAUCUGGACCUGUGUAAAGAUCAGCACUUCAUCACGAACUCCUCCUCGUGUUCAUCAUCAUCAUCAUCACUCUCGCGUGUCUCAAUAACACAAUCUUCAGCUGGAUCAUCAUGUUUGAAGAGAGUUCAGCCGAACCGAGCUGCAGUGAGGCCUUAUGUUCCUAAGAGACCGCGUGUGUCCUCAGCCGAACCCGAAGCAGCAGCAGCAGAACCGGACUCCUCACGGGCCGCGGGCUGUCAUCAGCUGCUGCUUCAGGUGUCACACUCAAUCCGCCCGUUUGUGGGAAGGAAUCACGGGCGCUCGGAGCUGCCGCGGCGGGUUCGCUGGUGUUUUCGGGCUCAUGAGGGUCCAGUGAACACACUGAAGUGGAGUCCAGUGGAACAUCUCAGUCAUCUGCUGCUCUCAGCCUCCAUGGACCGAACCUGCAAGGUGUGGGACGGUGUUGACAGUGGGCGGUGCUUACAGACAUACUCCGCCCAUGGCGGUGCUGUCCGUGACGCCUGUUGGCUGCCGUGUGGGCGACGCCUCCUGUCAGGAUCGUUUGACGGCAGCGUCGCACUCACUGAUGUGGAGACAGGUAAGAUGGUGGUAAAGAUGGAGAAUGAGUUUAAGGUGGGCUGUGUCGCCCCUCGACCUUCUGACCCCGAUGUGUUUCUAUGUGGAGGCUUCAGUUCAGAGGUCAAAGCCUGGGACACUCGCUCCUGUAAGGUGUUGCGUGUGUUUAAGGCUGAUGUUCAGCAGACGCUCGACAUCUUGUUUCUGAGUGACGGUAAAGAGUUUGUGAGCAGCACUGACGCUGUUAGUCGAGACUCUGCAGAGCGAACGCUCAUCGCCUGGGACUUUAACACCACCGCCAAAAUCUCCAACCAGAUAUUCCAUGAGCGUUACACCUGCCCGUGUCUGACGUCUCACCCGCUGGAGAACAGUUUCGUGGCUCAGACGAAUGGCAGCUACAUCGCCCUGUUUUCAGCCCAGCGACCGUACAGAAUGAAUAAGAGACGGCGAUAUGAAGGACAUGAGGUGGAGGGUUUCGCGGUGGAUUGUGGAUUCUCUGCAGACGGUCGUGUUCUGGUGUCGGGCAGCUCUACAGGUUCUGUUCACUUCUACGACUUUCAGAGUGCACGACCCCUGAACACGCUACAGGCUCACGAACACGCGUGCAUUUGUGCCGUGCUGCAUCCCGUGUUACCUGCUGUGAUGGCCUCGUGUGAUUGGUCAGGACAAAUCAAAAUAUGGAAUUAAUCGUGUUUAUU